CCCCGGCCCCGUCAUAUUUUGACAAAUGUACGUCGUUUAUAAGCUAAAAACAAGGAAGUAGAAGCCACUAUGACUAUCAUAAAUAACCCUACGGUGGUGUACUUUCUGGAGUCCGUAAUUUAUAAGUGUGUGUGCGUUGACUGUGUUUAGGCGCCGGAUCCGCCACGAGUCGAGAGGCGCUCCAAUCAAGCGGCGCCCUCGCACAUAAGAGUAAUUUGACCGAUUUACGCAGCAUCGCGUGCGAACGCACCGCUUGUCGUGACAGCGGGACAGAUGCUUCUCAGGCAAAGGCUGCCUUCAGUGCGGGGAGCGUGGACGCGUCACGGCGCAUGCUCUCCUACCUCUCUGGCCGGCGGAGGAUGAGGAGCACGGUGCGCCGCUCCGCAACGAUACUGCUGUUAACAUGCGCGGCUGGGCCUCUGUGCGUGCAGCUCUGUGAGGACGGGUGCUGAGGUCAUUGUGUCUGCAGGGGAUCUCAUGAUGGAGAAGGAAGAGGAGGGGGCAUCCAAUGGCAACAACCAUAAGGCUCAAGUCAUCCUACACCUGCAGCCUAUCUUGCACGGGGGAAAUUAUGACAUUGCAGAUACAAGCAGCACAGUUUUGGCAAUAGAAACUCAACAUGAUGACAAUAAAUCGGAGGGCGAGAGUGUGGAGUACGGCUAUCCUAUUACCUGUGGAGAAAGUAGAGCUGUUUUACUCUUUAAGAAGUUUGUGUGUCCUGGAAUCAAUGUUAGGUGUGUCAAAUUUAAUGACCAGCUUAUCAGUCCUAAGCAGUUUGUACACCUGGCAGGCAAAGCCACCCUGAAGGACUGGAAAAGGGCCAUCAGACUUGGUGGCGUUAUGCUCAGAAAAAUGAUGGACUCCGGCCAGAUUGACUUCUACCAGCAUGACACGGUGUGCAGCAACACGUGCCGCAGCACGAAAUUCGACAUGCUCAUCAACAGCUCGCAGCUUCCACUAGGGACGUCCGCGCAGUCUAAUGCCUCGUCUCUGGCUCUUGAGUCUCUUGGAGGGCAGGUGCCUCCCCUUACAGGAGAGUCUCUACACGAUGCAGCUGACUUGGAUGAGUCUUUGGAUGAUAAAUUUGGUGGCGAGUGGGGCUCUACACACUUUACCACAGCCAAUGGACAUGCAAAGAGGAAGAGGAGUGUCACGCCUGAUGGUAUAUUAAGCCUGUGGAAGGGCGUGGCUGAAUGUGGACUGAUGGGCGAGGUCCUGUCCGGUCUUCAAGCUCACAUAUUGGCUACUCUGAAAGGUGUGGAGGUUCGCAGCGAGAAGGCUGAGCUGCAGGAGACUGACGCCAUCAUCCUGAAUUCCCUGUGUGAGAUGUUUGGACUUUUAGACUCAGUCAAGCAAGCACUGGAGCAACGGCGGGGCCUGAAGGAAGACAAUGAUGACGAUGGUGUUUAUGAUCUGGAGGAGCUGUCAAAAGAACGGAGGAAGCAGGCAAGCGUUAAAAGCACAUCCUACAAGCACCUCCGACCCCAACGUCACCAGCCACCCAAUAGCCAGCUAUCGCCCACCCUCAGUAACACUGUGAUACAGCCUGUCUCACUCAUGGGUUUACCUGAGUCAACAUACACUCACCCCAACAUCAGCCCUCAGAACGUUAGCUACUUCCCCACCCCUGGAGCCCCGCGAGCGGGCGCCGGGAAGCGGGAAGAGAGGAUGCGGGCACACUGUGAGUCGGGCAAACACGCGAGAGCCCACAGGGCGGGACAAGAACUAACUGUAGAGAUGCAGCACGGUCUUGGACAAAGUGCGUGCAAGCUUCAACCUCAGUUGGGAAGUGAGGAGCUGGGAGAGGGAGAAAGCUUGCACAGCUUUGAAAAGGUGGCUUUGGGGAGAAAGGGAUGCAAAAAACUGAAAACUAAAUGAGAGAAAACUGCAGAAUGAUAUGGGAUAUGCUCCCAAAGUUCAAGGCAAUUUGUUAAAGAGUACAUUGUAAACCUGUCCUUGCAGCUACUUCCAGAGUUAGUCUUUGUUGACUAUGUUUCCCCUUGUGGUUAAAGUAGUUUGGGAUAGGUAGCAAAACGAAACUUUUCUUACAACAUUUGUAAUUGAAAAUGCUUUUUGUGACUCAAUGUAUAAUUAAGUGUGGAAGUUUAUAUGAGACCAAUUUUUAAACACAUACUGUACAUCUCACUCAGGCUACUAUUAAGGCAUAAUGUUGCUGCCCAAUAAAAAAAAGCA